AUGGAGACAGAAGAACGCGCUUUCCGACUGCGGGCAUGCGCCCGUCCACCAGGGGCCGUCGGGCCCGAACUCUCCUCUUCCGGCAGUGAGAGGCCAGAGCCAGGAGAGGUCACGUGGGAACACACUCCUUCACGCCACAGUCGGUCUGCUUGUGUCUCCCCCUCCGAUUCGCCGGCCUACUCUCAGCGCUCGCUGCCUGACUUCCGCCCUGUGGCCUCGACUUCGUCGCCAUCUCCCAUGCGCCUUGCCAGCUGCACAGCAGCGUUUGCGACGCAUACACCCCACACGGUGCUUCUCAUCUCCUCUCCGUCGUAUCGCUGCGGCGAUUCAACGGCAACGCUGGCCUCUUCCUCAAGACGCGCCUCGUCCUUUUCUGCAUCGUCUCCAGGAUGUACACCUUCUGCCCCGCCUUCUCGGCGAGCGAGGAGCCCAAGGGGUGGUUCUGUUUUUUCCGGGCACGCCACUCCGCCUGCGCUUCUACUCACUUGCUGCGGCUCUUCGAUCUUAAUCUCUCCGGUUGGGAUAGAACACGGAUGCGCCGCUCCUUCGUUUUCGUCUUCGCGCACUGGGAGUGGCCAUAGGUGGAGCGAAGGAGGGAGACGUUCGCUCCUGGAGGCUUUCUCGCCUGGUUGUUUGACUCCUUCCUCGUUUGCUCCAAACCCCCAGAUGACUGCUUCUAACUCUCCUGCGAUGACUUCGUUCUCUCUCCCGCGCGUGUACACUGUCCAUACAGCUCUUGUGACAACGCUUUCGUUUUCUGCUUCCCUCAACCUCGUCUGUUCUACGCAGCGACCUACACCUCACUUGCCCCACUUCGCCUCCCUCUGGUGUCCAUACACCGUACAAGAAAGGGCGCGACUGCCGCUGCAUUUUGCAGGUCGCGCUGAUGUGGUGAGUGCGGCGUUUCUUCCCGACCCACAGGGUCUGCUUCUUCUGGUGAAAGACGGAAAGUACUCGAUUUUCGGGUACAUGAAUUUGCGGGCAAAGCUCUCGCGAAACGCCUCAGUGUUCACCAUCCCUCACACGUCCCCGCGAUCUACUCGCCGGCGCUUCUCGUCGCCUUGCUGCUCCUCCCAGCCCUGUUCCCUAGCGUUCACCGCUGAACGGUUCCCUGCGUCGCCACGCCCGGGAGUUCCCCUGUUCUCUCCAGAUUUCAUUGUCGACUGCGGAAGACAGCCGGUUCUCGGCCUCGCCAUCGAGCCGCCGUUGUGUUCUUCCAGGCCUUCUUCUCGGUUUCUCCCCUCUUAUUCUGCUCUCCGCUUCGCGUCCUUCGGCCGCGGACACUUGAGGCUCUGGUCGCUGAUGCCAAAGACGAAAGGCGAGAACAAAGCAAGCCUGCAUGCAUCCGCGAGAGGCAGCACCUCCCGACGAAACCGAGAAACUGACGAAGAGGAAUACCCACCCCCUUCUUUCCGCAGCUGCUGUUUUGGGCCUGGAUUCCUCUCGCGUGAAUCGUGUGCAUCGCUGACUUCACGAGGCGUAUGUACACCCAGCGGAAGCCAGUCGCUGGCCUCGUCCGACCCACCUCCGUUUGCUUCCAACCAGGGCUCGAGAGGCUUUUCUGCUCAACAACGCAGCUCGCUCCAAAGCCCUCCAGCUUCGUCUGGCGCCUCUUUCCUAUUUCCAGUUUUUCCAUCCUCAUGUCUGCGAAACCCCUCGCAAGUGCCGCUAGUCACAGCGGUGGCGUUCCUCACCGAGUCCCGCGAGCUCCUCGCCGGCACCGCAGACGGUUUCGUCUUCAUCUUCCGCGGUUUGACAGCAGUUCGCGCGCUCUCUGUUUCUUCGCCUUCUUCGCUAUCGGCCGUCUGUCUCCUUCUUCCUUUUCGAAAGUCUCUUCUUCUCGUCGCAACAAAAAAUGGCUCGCUGACGCUCCUGAGGACGACGGGGCAGCCCUCCGGCCGACUCGCCGUGGCGGCGGGUUCCACAUGCGGUACAACUCGCGUGCUGAGCGCUCGGAAACUGAAAUCUUCUUCGCAGAAACCAGAAACGCUCAGUGGAAGGGGAAAUGCUCAUUUGCUGGAUUCCCUGCGGGCGACGGCGCCGGCAUCGAGACACCCGACUCCACGACGAAACGGCGCAGUGGCGGAACGCGAGAGACAUUUGGGGUUGUCUUUGGUGUCGGGAGAGAGGAACGGCCAUGCGACGCUAGCGAAUGUGCGCGAGCUACACCGGGGAAGAAUCCCGCGUGAGGCCUCCCGCACUUCUGCUUCAGCGCAGCUGGGCAGACGCCGUUCUGCUUGCCCGAAGGUGACCGGAAGAGACUUCCUUGGAGAAAGGGAGCGAAAUCGGAAGCCACUGGCUUCUGUCGGCCAGAGAAGCAUAAAUGCCCGACGCGUCUGCCGGGCUCCGUUUGCAGAGCGCGUCCUGGAUCGACCUGUACGUACACCGCGAAGCAGCUACAGAGCUGCUUACUCGCGCCCCAAGGGAACUGGAAGUCGCACAGCUCUCGGGAUUCUUCCGGGAAGAAGAAAGCGGUCCCUUUCACUGAACGUUAUGGAAAGAACGGGCUCGAGGGGAAGACAAAGUGAACCUGGAGAACGCACAAAAGUGGAGCAGGGAAGCUCGCUGCACCACGGCCAAAACACUUCGCCGGCCUACUCGCCCUCGCAAACACGGUAUGCGUCGUCGCAUGACGAGGACUCAUCUCGUUUCUCGUUUUCUGAGUCGCGUCCUGCUUCCUGUCGCUCUUCUGCUUGCCAGCGCGAGGAGAGAAAACGGUGGAAAGAAGCCUCUCACGACGGCCUUCGUGCCGGAGAGCCCUGUCCUGUGGAGGAUCAUCCCGGCGUUUCCGAGCGUCCAUUCUGCGCAGCGCAGCGUGCAAAUCAGGGAGAGCGACGAGUCGAGAGCGGGGCCAAAACGCCCUUUUCAGAGAGAGUGCUUCACGUUCGCGACAUCCUUCACUUCCAUGCUUGUCGCAACUUGGCUUUUCUUCCGCCUCAACCCCAUCAGCAAACCCUCGCUGCAUCGCCCUCCCAGUCACUGCCCCCCUCCUUUUCCUCGCCUUCUUCCCUCGCUCUUCCCUCCCCUUCGGCAUUUGCGCCUUCCUCUUCGCUGCCUCGCGCAUCUCCAUGGUUCCCCUCACAGCUGACCUCCCUCGCGGGCUGGUUCGUCCCCGACGGCGGCGUCUCGUCCCGCGGGGCUUUGUCUGAGCCUUCUCUGCUCCUCGUGACCGACAGCCACAUCCUCCUCGUGCGGCUGUCUCCCCUCCUGGCUUCUUCGUCUCUGCUGCUCGCGCAGAAGCCGUGGGGCCGCGUAGAAGCCUCCACCUCGGCGUCAGUGUCUGCUGCACUGCCGCUGUCUCUUUACAUGGAGGAGGCAGAAAGCGGGGACGUGGCAGAUCGCGAGGGCCAGGCAGCUCGCCAGGGCGAGCGGGGAGCGGCGAGAAACAGCACACGCGCGGAGAGAAGCUGGCCGUUCGAGGCCGACUUCGAGGCGGCACGAAAGGGAGCGCGGGAGGGCGGGAAGUGGGGAGAUGGAUUCACAGGAGGGGCAGGAAGAAGACGCGACGGAAGCUUAGAACGAACACUGAGUAGAGAGCGAAGAACUCGAAUUCGCUUUAUCAAACAAAGAGAAGAAAUCGCAAGCAGAUCGGGAAGCAUCCUCGUCACGGGGGGCAGAUGCCCCGUGGGAGGAGCUCUGCAUCUCUGGCAUGUCGCCGGAGAAAGCCACAACCUCCAGUCGAUCGGUGAGGAAACGGACGCGUUUCGAGCUGAGCGAAAGCACCAGUCGACCUCCAGCUAG